AUGACAGUCCCAACACAGACCACCCCUCUCGAUCCCAACUCCUCAACGCCCUCUCAUCCACCCUGGCGUCGCGAUCCAAACGGCGUGUCCCAUCUCGGUCGCGAUGGUGUCCUACGCUCCCUGAACGCCGACCGCACAGUUGUAUUGGACGUCCGUCGCUUGUCGCCAGAGGAGAUCAAGAAUUUUGCAGGGCCUGCUGGUCAAGCUACCAGAGAUGCUUUGGAAGGUGUGGAUGGGAGGGAUGUGGUAGAUGAGGAGGUGCUGUGGGCUGUGCCUGAGGAUCAGAAGGGGUGGGCUGCUAGAGGGGAAGGGGAUGGGAAGGAGGGGGAGGGGAAGGUGGAGGGCAGGUGA